CGCUGGUGCCUCUGUGGUUAAUGUACGAUGGCUCGUGUCUUUGUGUAUGGCACGCUUAAAAAGGGCCAGCCCAACUACAAGUACAUGAUCAACACCACCAAGGGGAUCGCGAAGUACCAAGGGAGGGGUCGCACGGUGGAGAAAUACCCUCUGGUGAUUGCAGGGAAAUACAACAUCCCCUAUAUGCUCAACAUCCCGGGCACGGGACACCACAUCGCAGGGGAGAUUUACACUGUGGAUGACCAGAUGCUGCGGUUCCUCGACGAAUUCGAAGGCUGCCCAGACAUGUACCAGCGCACAACGAUGAGAAUCGAAGUGGUGGAAUGGGAGGGGAAGAGAGGCACAGCCGAGGUGCGACCAGCCAGCAGCGGGGUGAUGGAGUGCUUCGUGUACAACACCAGCACCUACCAGCCUGAGUGGGUCCAGCUGCCCUACCAUGACAAUUACGAUUCCUCUGGGACCCACGGCCUCUCCUACGUGCUACGAGAGAACAGAGAUUGAGCCGGCACAGCCCUGCGAAGACAGUUCUAAGCAGGUGUUGUGUGGCAGCCCUACCAGCAAUCCCAUAAUGCCUUUCUCUUAAAUCCCCAGAUCUGUAACCUUCCAGACCUGGGCACGCUGGCUCUAGUGCUGCAGUGCUGUAGGCCUAGAGACUGGCACAGCUUUGUGCCCCCACUAACCCAUCCUAACUGGUUUUGCGUGAUGGCAGAAAUAACUGCUUGUGCACAGCAGUGAGGGGGUUUAUGUUCUUCCCUGCCCCCCAACCCCUUCACCUCAGUGCACAGCCGAGGUGAGUGGAAGACAGGUGAACACAUUAAUUCUUUCUUACCUGAACUGAUAAAUUUAUCACGUGUGUUCCAUGAGCUGGGUGGAGUAAUGACGUUAUUGUACUAAUAGCUAAAACUGAUUUUAAAAAAUCAUAUCUGCAAGCAAAGUAAAAUGCACAGCUAAUAUUGUCCUGUAAUGGUAGGCUACUGAAUGUAAACCAAGCAGCAAGCAAAUGUCUGUGGGGGAAAAAUGACCACACAGGUAGCCUGCGCGUCGGGAAAAAUACAACAUUGCUGUAGAAAUAAAGGGAAGAGAUUUUCAAAGAUUCUUACUUCAUAAUGUUUUUUCUGAACUGGAGGUGAUUCUUUUUAAAACACAUUUAGUUUUAUGAGAUACUGUAAAGAAAUAUUAAAGAAUUAUUAAAAAGAA